AUGUGUUUCAUAAAGAGAAUGAAAUUAAUGAAAUUAUUAUAAAAAAUCAUCACGAAAUGUCUGAAAUUGAAAAUAAAUAUCAAGAUAUUCAAAAGUAUAGGACCAAAUGAAAACAAAACAAGGUUAACCAAUCAACCCUAUCAACUAUAAUCAUACUCUCAAUAUAAUCAAUCUAGUAUGAUUCAAAAAUCAGGCUCUAAGGUCUCUCCUUAUAAUGUACCUUAACAAUAAGCGAAAAUUAAAUCCUAUAUUUGA